UACUUAGGGUUGUACAACUGCGCUCCAAUUUAUCCUAUAUUUUUUAUUUAAAUAUUUUUUAAUACAAUCUUUUCUUGUACUUACGCCUAAAUUUUAAAUUACUAAUAUAUAUGUAGUAAUUUUUUACUUUGAUAGAUUGCUCUUCUACACAUUAUAUCUAUACCGAGAAAAAUAAUGAAUGUAUAAAACAGACGUAUGUAGAGUGUACUUAACCUUAUAAAAUCUAAGAAAGGUGAUAUAUGUUAUAAAAAUAGAAAUUGUAGAAAAAUAAAAAUUAUAAAAAAGUAAAAAUUAUGGAGAAAGAAAAAGUACCCACUGUCUUCCAAAAGUUCACUAUUUUUAUGGAACGAAAUAAUCGAGCAGUAGAGUUUAUUAGCUACGGCAUCACUGGAAUUGGUUUAUUAUUCGCAUUGUAUAAAAUAAGGCCAUUUGCAAAAUUUAAAAAACCAUCUGAUGUACCAAAUCAUUUUCUACAAAGUACAGAAUUACAAGGACGUGUAGCAUAUAUAGAUCCUUCAUAUGGCGUACUGCUUUUGAUAGAUCAUAAACCUUUGAUACCUUUUCCAAAAUUUGGCAGGGAAAAGUAUUUACCUAUAAAGUUAGCUGGCAUUGAUACAACUAAUCAUGUAUAUUUUAAACGUACUUCAAAAUAUAUUAUUAUAGGUAUAAGUUGGUUACAAACUAUAAUACGUGGAGAAAAGAUUACAUUUCUUCCAUUAAUUAAAAAAAAGGAUUAUUUAAAUUGUAUUGUCACUUUUUCAGGAAAAGAUCAGAAAUGUAUAAAUAUCGCGGAAGAAUUAGUAAAGCUAGGUUUUGGUUCAUUAUGCACUGAUCAAGAUUAUUUAUUAAAUAACAAAUCUACAUUAAUAUAUUACAAAUCUUUAGUCAAAGCAGAGAAAUUUGCACAAUUUAAAAGAAAUGGAUACUGGCAUUCGAUUAAAAAGCCAACAUUUUUAUGGAAGGUCAAAAUAUUUUUCAGUGAAAAGUUAAAAUCUUUAUUGCCAAUAUUUAUAACAAAACAGCUGAAUAUUUAAAUAGAUCUAUUCAGUAUUUUCAAUUUUAUAUACUUUAUCAAAACAGAAUUGUAGUUUCAAAAUGUAAAUCACCUGUUUAUAAAUAUUAUACAAUAAAAAAUUAGUGCUCCUAUUGAUAUAUGCCCAAGAUAUAUGUUUGAAAGAAUAUCAACAAAUAUUAAAUAAUAAUUUUAUUGUGAAAUGUAUACUUAUGGUAUGACAUUUCGAGCAUUGAAAGUAAUAAUUAGCUUAAUUCUAUUAAAAUUAAUUCAUAGGAAAAAUAUCUCAUUCGUAUAUGUAUAUAUAUGUGAUGUGAUACUUAAUUAUGUGAUGUAUUAAGAUAAGAAUUAACAUAUGAAAAUUUAAUUGCAUUUUUUCAUUUUACAUUUUAAUGCAUUUAAUUUCCUCAUAUUUCUUUAAAAUAAAGAUAGAAAUACAUUAUCAAUGUUAUUAAAAAUAAACGAAGAAUUCAUUCAAUAAAUAAAUAUAUUCUCAUAAUUUUUAUUAAUCUCAAAAAAUUCUUUAUAAACAUUUAAAACUACGCCUUAUUAACUAACUGACAUUCUUAUACGAUCAAUGGAAUCAAAAUAUAUGAAGCAACAUUUCUCUGUGUGGAGCACAGAACAGGCACGACCGAUGUAAUUCACGUUAAUGUGUAACGCUAUUGUAGAAAACAUUUCUGCACAAUAUUUAUUUUUUUAACUUAAAUCAAUAUUGUAUAUAAUUUUUUAUAAAAGAUUUAAUUUUUGAAAUGUCUACCAUGUUGAAUUAAUUCAUCUUUGUAGUCAAAUUAAGCUAAAAUUAUUCUUAAG